AUGGUGCAGAGUUCCUGCAAGAGCCCGGCGCCAGUGGGUAAUGGCGUCGCUCUACCCCUCAGAGGGCUCGCAGCACUGCGCCCAAGGAGGCUGAAGGCGCCCCGGGGUGAACGAGCGGGGCGCCGCGAUGCACAAGGCAAUUGCGCGAAGCGCAUUGUUGGAAGGGCGGCGGAAAGCGGCGGUGCAUCCACGACCGAGGCUUCGGCGCCCUCAAGCGCAGUCUCCCAGAGAAAUGAGACUUGGGGGUGGCGUGGCCAUUCAAUAAACUACGUGGUAUGUGGUGAAGGAGAGCCGAUUCUUCUUGUGCACGGCUUCGGGGCGAAUACCAAGCAUUUCCGGAAGAACAUUCCUGUUCUUGCAAAAGAGUUCAAGGUGUAUGCUGUGGACCUCUUGGGUUUUGGAGAUUCUACAAAAGCCCCUGUUGACUAUUCGAUGGAACUGUGGAGGGAUUUGAUAUUGGACUUUCAACAGCAAUUUAUUGAAAAGCCGGUGGUGCUUGUUGGCAAUUCAGUGGGAAGUCUUGCGACACUGAUGGCAGCUGCGUCCUUGCCAGAGGGGGCCUUGAGGGGAACGGUGCUUCUGAACUGCGCUGGAGCCAUGAACAACAAGGCACUAUCCGAUGACUGGAGAAUAAAGAUAGCAUACCCCAUCUUUGCCCUCAUCGACUUUCUACUUAAGAUUCGCCCUGUUGCCAGCUUUCUCUUUGAGAAGUAUGCACAGAAGGAGAACAUCAAAAACAUUCUACUGGCUGUCUAUGGCAAUGAGGAAGCUGUUGAUGACGAGCUCGUUGAUAUCUUGCAUGGGCCGUCACAAGAGAGUGGAGCAUUGGACGUGUUUGUAUCCGUCCUAACAGGUCCCCCAGGCCCCAGGCCUGAGUCAUUGAUUCCCAGUGUGUCUGGACCAUUGCUGCUGCUUUGGGGAGAAGACGAUCCCUUCACGCCAAUGGACGGCCCAGUGGGCAAGUUCUUCCAGUCGCUCCCAGACAGGAGGCCAAACACACAGUUCGUCUCACUGGCAGGUGUUGGCCAUUGCCCUCACGAUGAUCGUCCUGAACUCGUUCACAGGAAUCUGCUGCCAUGGCUUGAGGCAUUGCCAUGA